GCGCCUUCUCUCAUGUCUGUCUGCAUCUCAUAGCGGGCGGCGAUGGUGAUCAAAGGGAUAUAACGUCGCAUCAUCGUGCACUACGUCUGGCUGCGUACCAACUGCAGAUUCCAGAAGCUUGUGAGGCUACUACUUGAAGCCCAUCAUGCCCUCCUUCGUCAAGCGUACCACUGCUAGCAGCAAUGCUCCUCCAGCAGGUACUACACCAGCUCUCUCGACCUCCAUACCUCCCUUGUAUCUCGCUCCAACUGGUAUUCCUUCCCUCGAUGACAUCUUCGGUGGAGGUAUGCCACUAGGAAACGUCUGGAUGGUUCUCACGCCUGACAGGCAUACCAAUUGGAGCAGGAUCGUCGAACGAUAUUGGACAGCGAGGGGAUUAGUGGAUGGUCAGAAAGGUUUGGUCGUCGGGGAGAAGGGAGAAGACAUCGUCAGAGGCUGCAUGUGGCUCGAUGAGGCUCGUUCAGAGAGCUCGGCUCGUGCAGGGAGUGAGAGUGAAGGUGAAGAAGCGGGCCUGAAAGACGUCUCUGCAUUGGGGGAGAACCGACCAAAGAUUGCUUGGAGGUAUGACGGUAUGAAAAAGUUCGAAACGGGCAUCGGGAAAGGAGACCGGGGCGAAUUGAAUCUCCUCAAAACGAUCCCACAAUCCACCAUCUCAUCAAUGGAGAAACAGAAAAUUCAGCGUUACAUUCCUCUCGACCCUCCCAACAAUAUUGCAGGCUCAUCAUCUCUCGCGUGGUCAAUCAUGUCCUCCGUGUUAUCACAGAUUCAAGCUCUACUGCAUACCCAUAACGACUCGCAAGUCCUAAGAAUCACCGUUCAUAACCUUGGCGACAUAUUUUGGGGCAGUCCAUCAUCAGCCCAAAUACUCAGAUUCAUCCAUUCGCUUCGAAGCAUGGUCAGGGAUCGUAGUGCCAGUGUGCUGGUGGCUAUGCCUGCGGACCUAUCCCGCUCUCCACCAACCUCAGCGCGGCGAGAAGGGUCUGAUGAGUCGGCCAGCUCGUCUCGGGAGUGGAUCAAACAGCUUGCAUGGUCUGUGGACGCAUGUAUUGAGCUCAAAGGCUUUGGAGACGAUCCGACGUUGCCGCCGGUGUUUCACCCUUUACAUGGACUCCUGACCGUGCAUUCCCUCCCUACGACCCAUCACGUCCUUCCCCCAUCGUACAAACACUCAUCCCUCCUCGGCCUUUCUACAUCGACAUCCACAGCUGGUCGAGGUGGAGGAGCUGGAGAAAACAACUUGGGAUUCAGAUUGGGUCGCAAGCGAUUCUCGGUGGAGACCGUUCAUCUAGGUAUAGAAGGAGGUCAAGGAGAACGGAGGACAGAACCCGUACCAGAUACAUCACUGCUUUCUGCCGGUAUCGAGCGGCCUGCCCAACAAACAUCUCAUGAGACGAAGCUUCAGUCUGGCCAAGUGGACAUCACGACACCUGGUCAGAAGCCAUCAAUGUCGGUCCCUCCAGAUGUAUCUGGGAAAUCUGAUAUCUCUGGAGUGAAGAAACGAGUCAAAGGAGUCCGAUUUUCGGCGGCAGAUGACACCCCCCGGGAUGACGGUCCAGAAGGAAGAGUGAAGAUUCGACAUGACCAGAUGGAUUUGUACGAGUUUUAGGCAUGCAGCCUACGUGGUUGUUCGAAUCUAUGUCACGUCUUCUUGGUGUCGCAUGAUGGCAGUGACUUCGCCCCAAUCGGGCUGGAAGAUGCAGACUUGAUCGCUGCGCAGAAGUGUAGAGACCCCACAAGACUCUUUCUGACUGGACUCUACAUACAACAUUCAUACAUUUGAAGGAUUAUAAAAGCUAUA